GAGAGAGAGAGAGAGAGAGAGAAAGAAAGAAAGAAAGAGACGAGGGAGAGAGAGAGUGAUUGUGAGUGAGAGAGAGAGAGAGGGGACCCCUUCAACUGAAACAUAUUAAACUCUGGAGACGUACUAUCCCACAGACUGACAGGCUUCUGGCUGCUUCUGGCUGCCACACCCACACAUGAGCUGCAGCAACUCUAUAAAGUCAGACUAUUCUGCAACUUCCUUAAGGGAAGAGACUCUACUCUCAUCUUCACCAGGUCGUUCAGGAGUCAGAGUGGUGUGUAUAGGAGAGGAAAGGCCCAGACCAGAGCUCUAACAUACUACAGAAGUCACAGCCCUACAGUAACACACAGGACCAUCUUCUGAGAGGAGGCCCAGAGGAUGUCUCGUUGGGGCCGUAAAGACGUGAAGAAGACUCCUGAGGUGAUCAGGACAGUGACAGAGGGGUUAAAGUCUCUGUACCAUCAGAAGCUCCUCCCCCUGGAGCAGCACUACGGUUUCCAUGACUUCCACUCCCCCUCUCUGGAGGACGCAGACUUUGACAACAAACCCAUGGUGCUGGUGGUGGGGCAGUACUCCACUGGCAAGACUAGCUUCAUCAAGUAUGUGUUGGAGCAGGAUAUCCCAGGAAGCAGGAUAGGACCAGAGCCCACCACUGACUGUUUCACAGCCAUCAUGCACGGUGAGGUGGAGGGAGUUAUCCCAGGCAACGCUCUCAUCGUCGACCCCAACAAACCCUUCCGCAAUCUCAACCCCUUUGGAAACACCUUCCUGAACAGGUUACAGUGUGCCCAGCUGCCCAAUCAGGUCCUGGAGAGCAUCAGCAUUAUCGACACGCCGGGGAUCCUGUCAGGAGCGAAACAGAGGGUGAGCCGAGGUGAGAAGAGCAAGGCUCAGGAGUGGACGGGACAAGGCUAUGACUUCCCAGCGGUGCUGCGAUGGUUUGCAGAGCGUGUUGACCGUAUCAUCCUCCUGUUCGAUGCCCACAAGUUGGAGAUCAGUGAUGAGUUCUCCGAAGCCAUCGGAGCGCUGCGUGGUAAUGAGGAGAAACUGCGCGUCGUCCUGAACAAGGCUGACAUGGUGGGAACACAACAGCUGAUGAGAAUCUACGGAGCUCUAAUGUGGUCUCUGGGCAAGGUGUUCAACACCCCAGAGGUCGUGAGGGUGUACAUCGGGUCGUUCUGGUCUGAACCCCUGCUGGUCCCUGAUAACCGUCGUCUGUUUGAGCUGGAGGAGGAGGAUCUGUUUAGUGACAUCCAGAACCUUCCCCAUAACGCAGCCCUCAGGAAACUCAACGACCUGGUGAAGAGGGCACGACUGGUCAGGGUGCAUGCCCACAUCAUAAGUUACCUGAAGAAGGAGAUGCCAACCUUCAGGAAGGACAACAGGAAGAAGAACCUGAUCUACCAACUUCCUGUCAUCUUCUCCAAGAUCCAGCUGCAACACCACAUCUCUGCUGGGGACUUCCCUGACUGCGCCAAGAUGCAGGAGCAGCUGUUGACCCAUGACUUCAGUAAGUUCAAGCCCCUGAAACCGUCCCUGAUGGCUGCUCUGGACGAGCUGCUGGCAUCCGACAUCGCCAAGCUGAUGCCCCUGCUGCGCCAGGAGGAGAUCAACCUGGGGGAGCAGCCAGGGGUACAGGGGGGGGCCUUCCUGGGAACCCGUGCCGGGCCCUUCGUGGUGAACGACCCAUUCGGUGACAUGGAGAAGGAGGGCGAGGAUGGGGGCGAGAUGGCCUGGGUGGUGACCAAGGAUAAGCCCAAAUAUGACGAGAUCUUCUACAACCUGGCGCCCAACGAGGGCAAGCUGAGUGGCACCAAGGCCAGGGACUGGAUGGUGAGCACCCGGCUGCCAAACUCCGUCCUGGGGAGGAUCUGGAAGCUGUCGGAUGUGGACCGAGAUGGCAUGCUGGAUGACGAGGAGUUUGCCCUGGCCAGCCACCUGAUCGAGGUGAAGUUAGAGGGGCAUGGUCUGCCACCCGAGCUGCCAGCACGCCUGGUGCCCCCCUCCAAGCGCAGGCAGAAAGGAUCUGAUGUAUAGAGAGACUACAUUAACCCACCCUUUGGAGCUGAGAGUAUAACCCUCUGACAGCUGACACACACACUACUGCCCCCCACGUAGUCCCCUACGUUGUCCCCUAGUCCCCUACGUUGUCCGUAGUCCCCUACGUUGUACCCUACUUUGCCACCCUGCGUUGUCACCUAGUCCCCUACAUUGUCACCUAGUCCCCUACAUUGUCACCUAGUCCCCUACGUUGUCCCCUGCGUUGUCCCCAGUCCCCUACAAUGUCCCCUAGUCCCCUACGUUGUCCCCUAGUCCCCUACGUUGUCCGUAGUCCCCUACGUUGUACCCUACUUUGCCACCCUGCGUUGUCACCUAUUCCCCUACAUUGUCACCUAGUCCCCUACAUUGUCUUCUAGUCCCCUACAUUGUCCCCUUUUUCCAAUUGGAUCUAAAUGUGUUUUGCUGAGUGAUGUCAAAUAAAAGCUAGUGGCCUGCUCUACUCUAAUCUACUCUACUCUACUCUGCUAAUUACACACUGAUCUGAUUAUACAUGGCUCUGAAAGCUGCCUUACUAUAUUUGACUUGCUUUUACAUGGAGCUAUUUAGCAGGGGUUUUAACAAAUCAAGACAGACAUACAUAGACACAUGUUGAAUAUGUUCAAGUACACUAAUCUAUGUUCAUGUAUUUGACAGCUGUUGCCAUUAGGUACAGUAUAAAGCUUGUUUAGUCAUCUCUCUGUCUGUCUGCAGGGGACUGGUCCAAACAAUAACAUUGCAGCACUUAUAUAGUUAGUAUAGUUUUCCUCACACACUAUGUCACUGUCUUCUAUUCAGCUUUUGGGGGAUUGUUUAGUGAGUAGUGCUGUUGAUUUUCUAUUUACUAGACAAAUAACGGCAUUUGUUUCAAAUUAAUGUCAUAUGCUGUGAGAACAAUGUUGUUAUGUAAAACAGUGACUGCUGUGCACAGCUAACCCAACAGCUACAUGUUAUUAUUAUCAUUACCUAAUAAACUGUAUGGACUGUG